CUCUGCAGCCUUCCUGCAGGAUCCCUUCAGGCACUGGCAGGCAGCUCCAAGGCCCCCCUGGAGUGGAGCCUUCUCCUCUCCAGGCUGCACCCUCCCAGCUCCCUCAGCUUGUGCUCACAGCAGAGCUGCUCCAGCCCUUGGAACAUCUUUGUGGCCUCCUCUGGACUUGCACCAACGGUUCUGUGUCCUUCUGCUGCUGGGGACAGCAGAACUGGACUGCAUUUGCACAGACCCCUUCUGUCAUCUGCUUUUCAAAUGCCCCAAACAUUCCCAUACAAGCACAUCUCUUCCUAACUUGGUGGGACCUGAUGCUGCUGGGACCUGUUGGAAAGAAACCCCAAAUAUACGGACCUGAAGUGCUUCACUAGGUACUGGCACCCCAUUCCCAAGAAGGACCAUGUCUGAAGCCAUCUCUUUUCCCUCAGCACACCCCAACAGCUAGCUGAGGCCAUUUCCCUCUAUAAAUCAUACCCUUGGAAGCCAAACUGCCUUUGUGUUUCUGCUUAAUUGAUGCCAGCAGGUAACAGUGCAGGUCACAGCAGCAGGGCUGCUCUUGUGACUUCACGUGCUUCAUCACCAUGGACACCCACAGCUUGCAAACACCACCAUUCCUCAAGAGAUCACACUGUGGCUAUCAAAAUGCAGUCCAGUAAGCCAGGAACAGCAAGCUAGAGCAUGUGUGAAGACCACAGGAGCAGAAAAGGACAAGGCUGAGUUUCUAGAUCUAGGGAUCUCUUUAAACACAUACAGAGGAACCUAACUUCAGUGACAGAAUGGAGCUUCAUUUGUACUGCUGUCCCUAACAUCUGCUACAGGUAGCUGCCAGCCCAGCCCAGCUGAGCAUUUCUAGCUUUUCAUUCUCUUACAGUUGGACACCACAGUGGGCAAUGAAUAUGGCCUCCAAGAUGAAGCUGGUGAAACAAGACACCAUGAGUGCUGGGAAAAAGAAGGCAGGAGAAAGCAGCAGGAAUGGGAAUGUAUCCAAAGGAGUAAGUGACAUGGAAGAACCUGCCAAAGAGAGGAAACUGUACCUAGAGAAGGAAUGCAAGAUUCUCACCAAAUACAUAAACACAUACAUGGGAAAAGUGGAACAGCUCCUGCAAGAAAAUAGAUUCCUGGAUAAGGAAGCCAAACAGAUUCAGGAUGAGAGCAGCACUUACCUCUCCUACAUGACAAAACACAGGCAGAAGUGCCAGAAUCUGAUAAUAACACUAAAUGACCAGAACCACAGCAGCCUGGCUCAGGUCUGGACACAGAAAGAGAAGCUCAUCUCCCACUACGCAGAAAAAGAGGAGGAGGUAAGGAGCUCCCUGGCGGACGUGGAGGCAAAGUAUUCUCUUGUGGACAAGGAGCUUGAAGACCUGGAGCCUUUCAAAGACAAGGUGGAACAGACCAAAAGGAUCGAAGAGCUGGAGAAAGAGUUACUGGUCACAAAGAUAGAGCACGCAGAUGAAAUGCACAGAGUCAGGAGUGGGUUCCAGCAGGCCGAGGCUGACUGUGAGCUGGAGUUUGAGCAGAAGGUGCAGGCUCUCACCGGCGGAGCAGAGGCAGCAGCGAUGCAGGCUCUCCUGCAGCACGUCAGGCAAGUGAGAGCAGAGAACUGGCAUCUGCGCAGGGAGCUGCGCAGACUCAUCCAGCACUCGGCGGCCCUCCAGGCAAGCCGAGUGGAGCUGAGAGAGCAGCGGCAGCAGCUGCUCCGGGAGCUGCGGUGCCUGCGGGACAUGGCCGCGGCGCGGCGCGGCUGAGAGCGGCGCCUCCCGCAGCCUGCGCAGCGGUGCCACCGAGCGCUGCUCGGCUCCCACGCAGGCGCGGCCAGGCUGCCCGCUGCUGCCACCGCUGCUGCGGUGCACAACCGACAGCGCUCCGGGUUCCGUGGCCGGAGGGGAGGGAAGGAUCCAGCAGCUGAUGCUCAGCAGCAGUCCGGACGGCAGACCUCCGAGGUAAGCUCAGCCCUAGCUCUCAGGCCGCCUGCGUUAAGAGCUGGGAAGCUGCGGUCUGUGUCCCAAAAUAAACAACAGCAUAUCCCUC